AUGGAUGACCUUUCACAAAGUAUCGCUCAAUCAGCUGAGCUCGAUCUCAAACUCGUCCAAGCCAAACACGUCGCAGAACUCAUCUACCAGGAAGAACGUGCGCGAAUCUUGAGAGUCAGUCUACUUCUUCAAGAAGACGCGAGCGACGAGUUACAAGAGCAGCUCGAAGCGCAGGAAGAUGCUCUACACAGGUCGGAAAGCUUGAACGAGGGCCUGCAAACACGCCUCGAUGAGAUGCAAGAACAGUAUCAAGCCGCACAGGAUGAACUAAGGGCCUGCAUAAGAGACGUUAGUCAAUAUCAGACCGAGCUCAACGCGUUAAAUGCAGCAGCUGCCGAGAAUAACAAGCAAUUGAACGAGAAGCUGGCAUUAACAAGGGAACUGCACAAUCUCCGGCCUGAAUUGGAUCAUCUGCGUUCUGUUGUUGCUUCACAAGAGAAUGUUUUGGCAGACAAGCUUUCUUUGCAACGAGAACUCACGGCUGCACAACUCGAACUCGAAAACGAAAAGCGCACAAUCGAGCGCCUGCGACAGAAACAACAAAAUAGUACACCUGACCCUGCCAUACAAGAAGAAUUGCAAGAAACGAAGCGCGAACUUAGCGAAGCCAACAAGAGAAUGAGCAGACUCGAAAAGCAAAACACAAAACUCACAUCGAUAAAACCUGCUGCCGAUGCAGCUCUGGUUGAUGCAAUUGAAUCUCUCAAAGCAGAGCUUGAGACCACCAAGCAGCGAGCGGCACAAGCAGAAUCCGCCCUCCAAACCGCGCAGUCUACCACGACCAACACCACUCCCGCAACGGAAAUGUUCCAGACCUUGAAAGCAGAUUUGGCCAAAGAGAAGCGUGCUCAUAGCCGGACUCAACGUGAACAUCUUAAGAAACAGACAGAGUGGGACACUGAGAAGACAGCCUUGGACACCAAACUCGAUGCAUUCCGCAACAAACUUCGAAGUACAAAAGAGCAGCUCAAAGAGGCGCAGGACGAGCUUGAAAGACGUGAACAAGCCAAGUAUGCUCAAUCCACCGCAGCAACGAAAGCGCGCAUGACUGGAAGGGCAUCUAGUGUUCAGCCUGAACAUGCACAAACAGCUGCGCAGGAGCAGCAGAACCCGCGAAAGAGAAAUGUUGCUCGAUUCGAUCCAGACAUGACCAUUGGAACACCUGGCAAUGGUGGCGUGGCCAAUAAGAAAGCUCGCUUGACGCAUGGCAGUACCACGAUUCUAGCAGACAAGAGCACAUUUUCCAUAACGCCGUUUCUCAACCGGACGAUGAGUAUCCUGCCCGAAAGUCCAGGUCAGAUCAUCGAGGAUACGAUCAACGAGAUCGUGGAGGAGGCGGACCGAGCUAUCGCUGAGAAGGAGGACAAAGCCAAGGCAGCUGAGAAGGCAGCCAAAGCUGUCGAGGUCAAGGAGAAGAGCAAGCCUGUAACUGAUGCAAAAAAGCCUAGACCAAAAGAGACGAAACUUAUACAACCACAGCCACUCAAAGAUCGAUCUAAUGCCUCUACGACUCACACAGCUGCAAAAGCCCCAGCUCUCGAUUCUGUUGUCGAAGAAGACGCCGACGAAGAUGCAGAUCAACAAGAACAAAACCCUCCCAAACCUGCCGUCGGGGUACAGCCACAACCUAAGAAGAAAAAGCUUCUCGGCGCCAGGAAAAACAUUUUCGAUGCAGACGAACCUGAUGGACUGAAGAAAGCUGCUGGUAGUACGGCAGGCGGUGGUGCAUUGGGCAAAGCUAAACUCGGUCUUGGCGAUGGACCAAGCGAGUAG